AAAGGAAUAGUUCCAAAACAACUCAUUUUUGUUUUUGAAAACCAUUUUCAAAAAAAAAAAAAAAUGUCCUGAAAAUAACUCUACUUCCUUUCUUUUUUGGGAAACACCAAAAUCAAAAACCAUUUGAAAUUAGGGGUCGGCUGUGGCGAUGGCGGAUAUAGUGAAACAAAUACUAGCGAAGCCGAUUCAAUUAGCCGACCAGGUGACCAAAGCCGCCGACGAUGUGAAUUCCAACCGAUCCGAAUGCCUCGAGGUCAAAGCCAAGACCGAGAAACUCGCCGGGCUCCUCCGUCAGGCGGCGCGUGCAAGUAACGACCUCUACGAACGCCCCACGCGACGCAUCAUCGACGACACCGAACAAGUCCUCGACAAAGCUCUCGGCCUAAUUUUCAAAUGCCGAGCCAACGGCUUACGCCGAGUCUUCACCAUCAUCCCCCAAGCCGCUUUCCGAAAAAUCUCCCAACAACUCGAAAACUCAAUUGGCGAUAUUUCUUGGCUCCUCCGAGUCUCCACCCCAGCCGAUGAUCGCGACGACGACUACCUCGGCGGCCUCCCGCCAAUCGCGGCUAACGAGCCGAUACUUUGCUUAAUUUGGGAACAAAUAGCCGUUCUCUGCACCGGGGCGAUCGAAGAACGCGCCGAUGCAGCGGCUUCCCUUGUCUCGCUUGCUCGAGACAAUGACAGGUACGGAAAGUUGAUAAUUGAGGAAGGUGGGGUCGUACCGCUUUUGAAACUCGCGAAGGAGGGUCGAUUGGAAGGUCAAGAGAGCGCUGCGAGAGCUAUUGGGCUUCUGGGCCGAGACCCGGAAAGCGUCGAACACAUCGUAAAUGCUGGUGUCUGCCAAGUGUUUGCGAAAAUCCUCAAAGAAAGUCACAUGAAAGUUCAAGUUGUGGUGGCUUGGGCUGUCUCGGAAUUGGCUGCGAAUCAUCCGAAAUGUCAAGACCAUUUUGCUCAAAACAACACCAUUCGAUUGCUCGUUGGACACCUCGCUUUCGAAACGAUUCAAGAACAUAGCAAGUACGCGAUCGCUCACAAACAUCAAUCCAUGUCGAUACACACCGUUGUCAUGGCUAAUUCCAGCACCGACAAUACGAAUAAGCACGACGAUGAUAAAGUUCAAAUUGCUAGACCAACGAGUCAUGAAAGUUCUAGUUCUAGCCAAAUGCAUAAUGUGGUUGAAAACACCAUGAAAAGCCAAUCCAAAGGAAACCAACAACAAAGCCAAACUAAGACAAACCAACAACAAAACCAAACCAAGCCAAACCACCACCAACACCAUCAUGACAACGUGAAUAAUCAUAAUCCACGACAUCAUGUUUCGCUAGCCGGGAAUAGUAUUAGGGGGAGGGAAUAUGAAGAUCCGACUACCAAAGCCCAAAUGAAGGCAAUGGCAGCCCGAGCUUUAUGGCUGCUAUGCGCGGGGAAUGUUACUAUAUGCAAAAGCAUUACAGAAUCGCGAGCACUUUUGUGCUUCGCGGUUUUGUUAGAGAAAGGUCCCGAUGAAGUCCAAUACAACUCUGCCAUGGCUUUAAUGGAAAUCACCGCGGUAGCUGAGAAAAGCGCAGAAUUGAGGCGCUCAGCUUUCAAGCCCACUUCACCAGCCUGCAAGGCAGUUGUGGACCAGUUUGUGAGAAUUAUAGAAGAAGCAAAUUCAGACCUCCUUGUGCCAUGCAUUAGAGCGGUUGGGAACUUGGCUAGGACUUUUCGGGCCACGGAGACAAGAAUCAUUGCCCCGUUAGUUCGCCUGCUCGAGGAUAGAGAAGCGGACUUAACACUAGAGGCGGUGCUUGCGCUAACUAAAUUUGCAGAAACUGAUAAUUAUCUGCACGUUAAUCACUCGAAAGCAAUUAUAGAUGGAGGAGGUGCUAGGCAUUUAAUUCAACUUGUGUAUUUUGGUGAACAAAUUGUUCAGACACCGUCAUUGAUCCUACUAGGCUACAUUGCGUUGCACGUGCCGGAUAAUGAGGCACUUGCUCAGGCGGAUGUUCUUAUAGUGAUUGAGUGGGCGUCGAAGCAGGAACACUUGAAGCAAGACCCUUUGAUUGAAACACUGCUAAUGGAUGCUAAAAAUAGAUUGGAAUUGUAUCAAUCCAGAGGUUCGAGAGGAUUCUAUUAGUUCAAUCGAUUUUUGUACCAUAUUGCCGAGUCUAAUAAGUUUAUAAAGAGAAAUUUGUUUUCCUUCUGUUCUUUUUUUUUUAAUUAUGAUCAAGUGUAUAUAUAGUUAGAUUUGAAUGUAAUCGGUUGGUUAGCCUUGAAUCUUGUUGUAAUUGUUUAGAAUAAUUCUCAAUUUCAGGUAGUUCA